CUGCUGAGUACAGUGAGUGGAGAUAGGGUGGGGGAGCUCCUCCAAAAUCCACUAUCAUUUCCACUGUUUUCAAUGUGUUUAGCUCCAGGUUGUUACAACCACACCACAGGGCCAGAUGUUCAACCUCCCAUCUGUAAGCCAAUUCAUCACCAUCUUGGAUGAGGCUGACGACCGUGUUGUCUGCGAACUUCAGGAUUUUUACAGAAGGGUCUCCUGAGGUGCAGUCACUGGUAUAGAGGGAGAGCAACAGCAGGGAGAGCACAGAUUUAUGUUGAGCCCAGUGUCUUAGGGAGGCGAGUGUGGUGUUCUCUCAAUACUAUUACAUUCAGUUUUCUUAAAAGUUUCUUCAUCAUUUCCCCCGUGAACAUGCCAUUUCCUUCUUUCUCUAUUUUCUGUUUUUUUUUUUUUUAAUUUAGACAUUAAUGCUUUGCAGUCAUCUCCAAACCUUUUGAGUUCUUUUUCAAAGUCAUUUUAUUUUUAGUUUCUUAUCUAAGUUUUCAAUUGUUUGUGUACAUAUGGAAACUCAAACUCAUUUGUCCAUUCAUUCAGACAGUGUACACUUUCAUCACCAUAUUUUCUUCUCAUUAUAGCCGUUAUCAGACUCUGAGGUAAAAUGCAAAUUUGUCCACCACCAGCCACUGAGACAUUAAAAUAGAUGUUACCAGUUGCACAGUUCGUUUUCAGCUGAACUAACACACUUUUCUGUCCUUUUUUUAAGUGUGGGAAAAAAGCAGCAUCCAAGAUGUGUAGCACCAGCUUUCUCAAAAUGACGAUGUUCGUCUUCAAUGGUAUCAUCUUUUGUACAGGUGCAGCCGUCCUGGGGGUGGGAGUGUGGCUGAAGGUGGACAGUGGUUCUCUACUGGGUUUACUUGAGAAGGUGGAGAAUGCCCCAUCUGUGUUAUCCCAGCUUGUCAGUGUCAGCUACCUCCUCAUGGCAGUGGGGGGUGUGCUGCUGAUCAUUGGCUUCCUGGGCUGCUGCGGAGCCAUCAGAGAAAACAGGUGUAUGCUGCUGAUGUUCUUCACUAUUGUGCUCAUCAUCUUCCUCGCCGAGGUUGCCGGAGCUGUGGUGCUGUUCGUCUUCCAGGGUUUGGCUGAUCAGCUUCUUCAGAGUGUGGAGGAUGAAGUUAGAAAAAGCAUUAGAAAAGAUUACGGAUCUGACGAGGGUGUGACGUCUCUGUGGAAUAGCACCAUGACUGAGUUUAAGUGCUGCGGAUUCAAGAACUACACAGAUUUUGAUGGCUCCCCUUUUAACACCCAAUAUGGAGGAAAUCAUUAUCCAACCGCCUGCUGCAAUUCAACCAUACAUACAUGCAAUAAAGAAAAAGCAAAUGAUUUGAUGGUUGAUGGCUGCUUUAACAAGCUGCUGCAGCUGAUGGAGGAGAACGCUGUGAUCGCUGCAGGUGUAGCUCUGGGAAUUGCUGCUCUUGAGAUUGCUGCCAUGGUGGUUUCAAUGGUUCUCUACAAAGACAUUGGCAACAAAGCAUGAUCCUCCUUUUGAAAUGAGACAACAGCUGCAGAAACUGCACUUAUUAUUUGUAUGAUUUUUUUUUUUAACAGACAGAGCCUUGCAUGUGCUUUUAGUAUGUGGAGCAAUAAAUCCGAGAUGGAGAAGUAUCUGCUGCUUUUAGGCUCAAAGUACACAUAUAUACAAUGAAUUUAUUUAUGUUUUAAGAAGGGCUCUGGUCAGCUGAAGUUGUACUGUAUGUGCUGAAACAUAUAAAGAGCAAUAUGUAAUGAUGCACAAAGAAAAAUCUGAAAAAGUUGGGUCUGUUUGUGUUUAUGCCCCAUGUCCCAUUCACAACAAUUUGGAUUUAUUAUUGUAUGAUUGAUCACAUGUAAAAUGAAAUAUUGUAGCCUUGAUUUUUACAAUUAUUAACACACUGAUUAAACUGUUUUCUUUUAU